GUGAAAAGACUUGCACUCACUCGUUUUUCUCCAUUUUCGCGAUAAAUCAAGGGAUAAGGAGGAUAAGAAAAGUGAAAAUUAGACAAUAAAGCGAUAAAAAUUGCUGGAAAAGGACUGUCAAGGUGGGGCACGGGUCUCAGCCCGCGUAUUAAACACCAAAUAAACUCGCAUGAUAAAAGCUGCUAAUAAGGAAAAAAUAACAUAAUCAAUCCAUUAGUCAGCAAAGAGAAGAAAAAAAGUGCAAAAACGAGAAAAAAAAAAUCAAGUUUGUCGCUCGGCGAUUCAUGUGAAUGUUUAUAUUAAUAAUUAUAUAAUUUUUUUACACAAAACAUCGCACUCAGCAGAUACAUUUUGUAUUUAUAUUUAUUACACCAAUAUAGAUUAUCAAAGAUACCAUGUAAUUGCCUGGGAAUUGAACAUCAUCCGAGAAAUGACGCGUUUCAUCAACAGUAUUAGAAUAAAAUGAAAAUUUCAAGCAAAAAGUACCUCCCAAAGCUCAUGCGUGUGAGUAAUUAGCUGUAAACGAGAGAAAUGCAAAACAAAAUUCUUUAGUAUGAGAAGUCGAAAAAUACCAAUUGCGCUUCCAUACACUGGAUCAUUCACGAGAAGACGUCACACAGUGUUCAUUCGACUGGGUGUCAUCUUGUUUCUAGUCCUUUUUGCGUUUCUACAAAUUAACAUAUUAAAUGAUAGCAAUGACUUAACAACGAUCGACGUUACCAAUGAUUCGGCAGCAGCGAUUCUGUCAAUGGUCCCUCCCGUUCUCCAUAAAUACUUGAAGUCGAAAAGUAGGAAUAAUACUCAUGGUACCAAUAACACACAAAAUAAUGGCAAUAAUGACAGUCUUCGUGCUGCUAACAUUAGUGAGAUUAAAAUGAUGAUUUCACGAUAUAAUGAAGCGCAAAUGGUACUCAAUGAGGACUUGUAUGGGCCAUUGCAAAAUAAUUCUGUGAUAAUUGUUGUACAGGUACAUAAAAGAGUAAAGUAUUUACGUCACCUUAUCAUAAGUUUGGCACAGGCACGAGAUAUUUCUAAGACACUUUUGGUUUUCUCGCACGAUUAUUAUGACGAAGAAAUUAACGAGUUAGUUCAGUCCAUUGAUUUUUGUAAAGUUAUUCAAAUUUUUUAUCCAUAUUCCAUUCAAACACACCCGCAUGAGUUUCCAGGCGAGGAUCCCAAUGACUGUCCACGAGACGUCAAAAAGGAAGAAGCACUGAAGCUAAACUGCAAUAACGCCCAACACCCUGAUCUCUAUGGGCAUUACCGUGAAGCAGCUUUCACUCAAACAAAACAUCACUGGUUCUGGAAGACCAACACUGUGUUCGAUGGAUUGGAAGUGACCAAAUAUCAUACAGGUUUAGUGGUGUUCCUCGAAGAAGAUCACUACGUUGCCGAAGACUUUUUAUACGUACUAAAUAUGAUGCAGCAAAAAUCGCGCGAAUCUUGUCCCAAAUGCAACAUUUUGUCGUUGGGCACAUACUUGAAAACAUUCAACUAUUACACGUAUAGCAGUAAAAAGCAUAAGCGUAAUAACAAACAUGCUUCAUCAUCACAGGCACAAUGGUCCUUUCAAGUAAUGCCAUCAUUGUACUCACUUUAUCAAAAGGCUGAAAUAACGCCCUGGAUCUCCAGCAAACACAACAUGGGCAUGGCUCUGAACCAGACCACGUGGCAUCAAAUCAAGUCGUGUGCCAUUCAUUUUUGCAACUACGACGACUACAACUGGGACUGGUCGUUGCAACAUUUGUCCCAGCAAUGCUUAGAGAAUAAAUUAUAUGCGAUGGUUGUGAAAGGUCCUCGCGUUUUCCACAUCGGUGAAUGCGGCGUUCAUCACAAGAAAAAUAACUGUGAGUCGAAUCAAGUGAUUUCCAAAGUUCAACAAGUGAUACACAUUGCGACAAAAGCGGGUCAAUUGUAUCCCAAAAGUAUAACGUUAACGAUGCCAAGUAUAACAAAAAAGACAAAGCUCCGGAAGGGCAACGGGGGAUGGGGCGACAAGCGUGACCAUCUGCUGUGUCUGAACAUGACACACUCGACACUGAGAUAACUUUGCGCGUCAAGCCGCCGUCAAAGGAGAAAGUGUUAGAAAAAAAAUACCGGAAGAGUGCAAUAAGAAUUUUAAAUGAAAAAUAUUUGUAAAAUUUAAGAAAAUCUAUUUGUAUAAGGAUAGAACUUUGUAUGUCUGUAGAAGCUAGUUUCUACCUUUUAUAAACAUGAACAAAUAACUGAACAACCGAGAACGCCGAAUUAAAAUUAUUUCUACUACAAUUUGUUCUCUCAUGAAGCGUUUGACCUGGACUUUUUAUUUUUUUAAAAUUAUAAAAAAAUAUUUUACACUUGAAUUCAUAUUAAA